AUGGGUUUAGAUCAGUCUGGCGUUUUCACCUACCGUGAUGGUGUUGCCGUUAUUCAGCUGUUCUUCUUUGUAAUCUCACUAGCGCUUGGUAUUGUUUUAUGCUGGCGCCACGGGUUCAAGCGUUCAGAUGGUUGGAUCCUGGUGGUAAUUUUAUCGAUUCUACGUAUCCUCGCCGCAAGCUUCCAACUUGCCACCAUCAACACCCCUAACACAACAACCUAUGGCGGUGCCCUCAUUUGUCAGGGUAUCGGUCUGGCUCCACUGAUUCUGUUGAACCUUGGAAUGUUCAUAAGAAUGAAUAUGUACUUCAAAAAAGUUCAUCGUCUGGUCUUCACCGCUAUCUCCGUCAUCUCCAUCGUCGCUAUCGCCAUUGCUGUCUACGGCGGUACCGAGUCUGCGGAAUCAGCAACGCUAGGAACAAACGCUAUGCUAAAGGUUUCCGUCAUUCUCUUCGUGGUGUGCUACGCUGCCUUCUGGGCUCUUUUCUUUUUCUUCAUUGGAGACCGCAAGGCACUUCCUGAGGCUGAGCAGAAGAUGUUCCUCUGUAUGCCGAUCGCUGCUCCCUUCAUGAUUGCCCGAUUGCUAUACAGUAUUUUGGGAGACUAUGUUCCGAGUCUCAGGGGACAAUUCAGUGUGCUUACUGGAAAUGUCACCAUUUUCCUAUGCAUGGAUGUUCUCGAGGAGAUUGUUGUGGUUGCAGUAUACGUUUACUUCGGCAUGGGCCUUAAACAGCUCUCGCCGGAGAUCAAGGGCACUACGCGUCGCAAUGGUUCUGAAGAGACUAUGGCAUAG